AUGACAGAGGCAACGAAGGAGGAUGUGACGGCGGCGCAGCUGUUGACAGCGCCGGUAGGACACGACGGGGCGCGGAAGGGCAUGGAUGUGGAUAUUCUGGACGUGGAGGAGCUGCGGGACUGGCAGCGGCGCAAACGCUCAGAGUUCGAGGAGGCGCUGAAGCGCAACAGGCUGGACGUGCGGCAGUGGCUGCGAUACGCGGCGUUCGAGUACGAACAGCGGGACAUGCGGCGUGCUAGGUCGGUGUUUGAGCGCGCGCUGGCGGUUGCGCCGGGUGAUGUAGUGGUGUGGCUGCGGUACGUGGACUGCGAGCUGCGCGCGCGCGACGUCAACCACGCGCGGAACCUGCUGGUGCGCGCGACGGCGCUGCUGCCGCGGGUGGACAAGUUAUGGUACAAGUAUGUGCUGAUGGAGGAAUCGCUGGGUCAGGUGGAGCUGGUGCGGGGCGUGUACACGAAGUGGUGCACGUUGGAACCUGCGGCGGCAGCGUGGGAUGCGUUCGUGGACUUCGAGACGCGACAGGGACAGGUGGAGCACGUUCGCGAGGUAUACAGCCGCUACGUGAUGGUACACCCGGUCGCGGCAACAUGGCUCAAGUGGGUUGCGUUCGAGCGGAAGCACGGGGACGCGGGGACCGUGCGGCGGGUGUACUCGCUGGCGUGCGAUACUUUGACGGCGUUUGCGGGGGCCGAUGUACACGAAGUCGAACAGCUGGUCGUGUCGUUUGCGGAGUGGGAGGCGACGCAGCAGGAACUGGAGCGCAGCCGUGCCGUGCUCUCCGUUGCGGUCAGCCGCUGGCCUGAAUCCAGCACCCUCAAGGACGCGACGGCGCAGCUGGAGAAGAAGUUCGGCGGCGCUCGCGCCGGCGAGUCUAUCCUGUUCAAGCGGAAGCGCGAGUACGAGGAGCAGCUACUGGCCCAUCCCUUGGAUUACGAUGCGUGGUGGCUCUAUCUGGAUUUGUUAGAGGAGAGCUUUCCCGCGGAACUACGUGCCGCGCUGGCAGAAGCGACGGUUAAAGCCGUCCCGAGAAGCCAGGAGAAGGAUAUGCAGUGGCGCAAAUACGUCAACCUUUGGUUGCGGUAUCUACUAUUUUUGGAGACAGUGCUAGUGGAUUCCGAUCUGACACGGAGUAUGUACCAGAAGCUGGUGAGGGAGGUGAUUCCUAAUACGAAAUUUACGUUUGCAAAAGCGUGGAUAAUGUAUGCUGAGUUUGAGAUUCGCCAAGAAAAGUUAGACAAAGCGCGAAAGAUCCUGGGAAUGUCGCUGGGUAUGUGUCCCAAACCAAAGCUGUUCCAAUAUUACAUUGAUUUGGAGAUUAAACUCAAAGAAUUUGAUAGAGUACGUCGACUGCACGAAAAACUUCUCGAGUUCCAGCCCGAUGUACUCUCUAAUUGGAUCGAGUACGCUGAACUGGAGGAAAAUCUGGGUGAUGAGGACCGUGCACGUGGUAUCUACGAGAUUGGGCUCACCGCGGACGGUGGCUUAAGCCAAGCAAGGCAGCUGCAGCUGAUGCAGAGGUAUAUCCAAUUUGAAACAGACGCCAGUGAGUUCGAGAGAGCGAGAGCCUUGUACUCGCGCUAUGUAGCGCUUAGCGGCUAUGACCCUAAUGUGUGGAUAAGUUGUGCGCUAUAUGAGUCAUCUGUUCCGACAGCAGCACAAGUUGCGUCUUACGCACAUGACCAGCCUAACAGUGAUGGUGACGAUUCAGAUGACGCAUAUGAACAAGAAUUUGAGCUUACCGAGGAAAACAAAGAGCAGACACGUGCGAUCUUUGAGAAAGCACUUCGUCACUACACAAGUGAGAAGGAUGAUGAAGGGAGAAUACUAGUCUUGCAGGCCUAUAAAGACUAUGAAUCCAUACACGGUUCUGCGGAAGCUCGGCAGAAAAUUGCGUCUAGACAGCCAAGAAAGGUGACAAGGAAGCGGACGGUGGACGGGAUCGAGAAGGAGUAUGUCGCGUACGAGUUUCCUGACGACACUGUGAGUACUUCAUCUGUUGCCUCCAAGUUCGUUAGCCUAGCACAGAGAUGGAAGCAACAGCAAGCGCCAUGA